CGGCACUCAAAACUCCCUAAUUGCAGACCUGAUCGGAUCUCUGUUGGAUAGAAAUGGCUGAUAAGGAAACUGGUUCUGAAUCCAAGAAUGAGAAAUCAAACGAGACCCAGAUUUCUGACUAUGCGACCACUCUUGCAAACAUAGUCCGGCAGUUCCAGAACACGAACCCCAUUAGCCCACAACAGCACAAGUUUUGGGAGACCCAACCGGUGGGACAGUUCAAGGAUGUAAGGGAUCUGAGUUUACCCGAGGGUCCGAUCGAGGACCCGAAACCGAUAUCCGAGGUCAAACAAGACCCGUAUAACCUUCCAAGCGCGUAUGAGUGGACAGUGUGUGACAUGAGCUCUGAUGAGGCGUGUGCUGAGGUGUAUACUCUGCUGACCAAUAACUAUGUCGAGGAUGAUGACCACAUGUUCAGGUUCAAUUACUCGAAAGAGUUUCUACGGUGGGCUUUGUGCUCGCCAGGGUAUUUUCGUAAUUGGCACAUCGGAGUCCGGGCGAAGGGGUCCAUGAAGUUAGUCGCUUUUAUCAGUGGCAUUCCCGUGAAAAUGAGGGUCCGUGACCGGGUCUUCAAAAUGGCCGAGGUUAACUUCUUGUGUGUCCACAAGAAGCUGAGAUCAAAGAGACUCGCUCCGGUGAUGAUUAAAGAACUGACGAGAAGAAUCCACUUGGAGAACGUAUGGCAAGCGGCUUACACUGCCGGAGUUCUUCUCCCCACCCCAAUGACCACUUGUCAGUAUUGGCAUAGGACAUUGAACCCGAAGAAGCUUGUUGAUAUCGGGUUUUCCAGGUUGGAUGACCGGAUGACCAUGAGUAGGUACAUCAAGCUCUACAAGCUCCCAACCGCGACGACCAUACCCGGUCUGCGAAAGAUGGAGCCGCGUGAUGUCCCAGACAUCACGCGCCUUCUCAGGGCCCACCUGAGGCGAUUUGAGGUGGGCCCAGAGUUCGACGACGAUGACGUGGGACACUGGCUGCUUCCUCGUGACAAUGUGGUUGAUUGUUAUGUGGUGGAGAUGCCCGAGACACGCGAGGUGACCGAUUUCCUCAGCUUCUACACACUCCCUUCGUCCGUUCUCCACAACCCUAACCACUCCACACUCAAAGCAGCCUACGCCUUUUACUACGUCUCAACCAAAACCCCAUUACUGCAGCUGGUGAAUGAUGCACUCAUCGUAGCGAAGAUGAGUGGUUUUGACGUGUUCAAUGCUUUAGAUGUUAUGGAGAACGAGUCUUUCCUGAAGGAGCUGAAAUUCGGACCCGGGGACGGGCUGUUGUAUUAUUAUCUCUACAACUAUCGGUUCAAACAGGCCUUGAAACCAUCAGAGACCGGUCUCGUGCUUCUAUAGUCUGGUGAUGGCUUUCCUUUGCUUCUUCUUUUAUGGCUAUUACCUGAAAUGCAUUGUUUAUGCCUACUUAUACAGGUUCAUUCAUAAAGGAAAAUCUUGAUAAUGUUCACCAAACAUCUUUAAAAGAACACAGAUACAUAAGUAUUUGAAAUGAAACUUUAAAGAGAAGCUAUGGUGUUCUUGAACAAGUUUCUGUUUUAUUCUAUCUGUUGGUCAGUUUCCAUAUAUUGUAAAAUACUGUUUGAUAUUUGGUGCCGUGUAAUUAGUUUUACGCUUUGUACUUUAAAU